CCCUCCACUCCCCCCAUCGUCAAGCGGCUGCUGGGCUGGAAGAAGGGGGAGCAGAACGGGCAGGAGGAGAAGUGGUGCGAGAAGGCGGUGAAGAGCCUGGUGAAGAAGCUGAAGAAGACGGGGCAGCUGGACGAGCUGGAGAAGGCGAUCACCACGCAGAGCAUCAACACCAAGUGCAUCACCAUCCCCAGAUCACUGGAUGGCCGGUUGCAAGUAUCCCACCGUAAAGGGCUUCCCCACGUGAUCUACUGCCGGCUAUGGCGGUGGCCUGACCUUCAUAGCCACCAUGAGCUGCGUGCCAUGGAGAUGUGCGAGUAUGCCUUUAACAUGAAGAAAGAUGAAGUCUGUGUCAACCCCUAUCACUACCAAAGAGUGGAGACACCAGUUUUACCUCCAGUGCUGGUACCAAGGCACACAGAGAUUCCAGCAGAGUUCCCGCCAUUAGAUGAUUAUAGUCAUUCCAUUCCAGAGAACACUAACUUCCCGGCAGGUAUUGAGCCACAAAGCAACUACAUUCCAGAGACACCUCCUCCAGGUUAUUUGAGUGAGGAUGGAGAAACCAGUGACCACCAGAUGAACCACAGCAUGGAUGCAGGUUCUCCAAAUUUAUCUCCAAAUCCUAUGUCUCCUGCACAUAAUAAUCUGGAUCUGCAGCCUGUUACCUACUGCGAGCCAGCUUUCUGGUGCUCUAUAUCCUACUAUGAACUCAACCAGCGAGUAGGAGAGACGUUUCAUGCUUCACAGCCUUCUAUGACUGUGGAUGGCUUCACCGAUCCUUCUAACUCAGAACGCUUCUGUCUUGGCUUAUUGUCUAAUGUGAACAGAAAUGCAGCAGUGGAGCUCACAAGACGACACAUUGGAAGAGGAGUAAGGCUGUACUACAUUGGAGGAGAGGUUUUUGCCGAGUGCCUUAGUGACAGUGCCAUUUUUGUCCAGUCUCCUAAUUGUAACCAACGCUAUGGCUGGCACCCUGCAACUGUUUGCAAGAUUCCACCAGGGUGUAACUUGAAGAUUUUUAACAACCAGGAAUUUGCAGCCCUCUUGGCUCAGUCUGUGAAUCAGGGUUUCGAGGCUGUGUAUCAGCUGACCAGAAUGUGUACAAUCCGAAUGAGCUUUGUCAAGGGCUGGGGAGCUGAAUACAGGCGGCAGACUGUAACCAGUACCCCCUGCUGGAUUGAACUGCAUCUGAAUGGCCCAUUGCAAUGGCUAGACAAGGUCCUUACUCAAAUGGGUUCCCCAAGCAUUCGUUGUUCCAGUGUAUCUUAAGGAAAUGGUCUCCUUGCGGGGAAAACAAGGACUCUGGAAUAUGGAAUCAGGUUAACCCUUGGCAAAAAGCGUCAUAAAUAAAUUCCCCAGAGUAGUUACAUGAUCAGAAAAACAUCAAUUGCCAAAACAAGAGGUUGUUUUUAAAUGAAGUGUCCAUUUUAAGCCACUUCCCUGGAACACCGUUAACACAUAGUAUAGGCCAUUGGAGGAAGAAUUUGAAGCUGAUGUUUUUAUGCUAAGAACAUGGACUUCUGUUUUAGUGGAGUGAAGCAAGCACUCUUCAUUUAAAUCCUUGUUGUGCCUAUGUUGCUUCUGCUAUGUACAGCUCCAAGUACGGGAAAGCUGCUUUCACCAGGUGCUCACUGGGCUAGGGGCGGUUUUUCCAUGUGUGUUACAGAACAUCAGCCGUAGCACCUCUGUACAGCAGAUACCAUUGAACAUUCCCGCCAAGCCUUACUUCUGCAUUACUCUCCAACUGCCUGACAGCCAUGUCUGCCCUUUCUAAAUCAGCCCACAGCAACAGUGGGGCAGAGGUGUUAAAUAAAAACAACACACUCUCUCACAAGAGAGAGCCCUCCUGCAAAGCGCUGAGGAGUCCCCCAGAGGGAGUUUCCCUUGUCAGACAGUGGGCAGUGAGGCAGGCCUGGCUUUCUGUGCAAGAUACACAGGUAAUACCACAGUAAUGUUAGAGACUGGAUGUAUGGGCAGCAAAAGACCUAUGUUAAGAUUUGUUUUAAUGUCGCUGCAGUGCUAUUGAUUGACUAGGGCAAGUUUCAGACGAGUGUUUGCAACUCCUUGCAAUGUGCUCUUGCCGCAUCUGGAUGAGUUAAGCCUACCUAGUGAGGUAGACCCUUUGCAUUAAUUACAUGAACUUUUGUAUUGUAGUCUCUAAGUGUUGAAUGGUAUCUUACCCUUCUUAAAUUGUAUGGGCUUAGUGAAUUUAGUGGUGGGGCUUAGGAGAAGAACUAACCAGUCCUUGCUCUUUCAGAAAGAGCACAUGGGAAUACCCUGCACUAGAGCACACAAUGCUGUCAUGUGCCAAUCUAACAGUUUAGCCAUAACAUCUCAGAUAGAGAAAUACUUUGUUAAAAACUACUGUCAAGGUAUUGUGGAGCCUGUUGGAAAAAAUAUAAGAGGAGAGUGUGUUUUACAUGUAUUGUAAAAUACUCUUUUUUAAUAUCCAUCCACACUCGACCGUUGUAAUGGUAGUUGUUCCCAGUAGUGACUGUCAUGGCAAGCAGAAAUAACUUCUAUAACUGGAAAAAACAAAAACAAACCCACACUGCUUGCUGCAAGCUAAAAUUUGCCAUACACUUUUCAUAACUUAUUCUUUGCCACACAAUCAUCUGUUUCUCUUUGUUCUUGUUAAAUAUCAUACAUGUUUGUGCCAAAAUGUCAGGAAAAAAAGCCUACCACAUUCAGAAUUUCCUGAGGAAAUCUGAUAGAAAGACUAUUAUAGACCUAGGUUUGACUCUGGGCAGUAUAGACUUUUCUUGGCAGUGCUUUGUGAUAAAUAAGGCCUCAAUCCUGCAAGCACUUAUGCACGUGAUUAACUUUUAGACAUGCGAGUAGUUCCACUGAACUCCAUGUGACUACUCUUGUGCGUACUUGUGUGCGCGUUUGCAGAAUCAUGGGCUGUCUCUCAUAACUGGGCAGUGAGUUUUUGAUGCCAUUGCAGAUGCACUUCAAAUGUUUGCAUGUGUCUGGUCUAUGUACUAAGACUUUUAUUACAUACCCUGGUACCCAUUUCUCUACUGGCCAAAAUAAUUGGUUUACUAACUCAAUGUUGGUAUUUGGAGGCAUCACCAAGGAAGCCUUUCUUUAGUAUGCAUACUGAACAAAUUCUCCUAGAUUUACCCUGCUACACAAAUUUUCUUUCCCUUCCUGCAGGAGAGUGUCUAUGCCUUCAGUUUCACAUUCAAAAUGUCUUUCAGGAGAUUCCUUGCCGGUUUUGUUUUCUCAUAGCAACUAAAGGGAUGUCUUGGAGAAUGACUGUCCAUCAAACCUCUAAUGUGUAAUUCAUGCUCAUGGCUGAGAAUUCCCAGGCAGACUUGUGCUCUCACUCCAGACUCUUCUCCUCCAACUUUGACUAGAGUUUUCGUGAAGCAUCAGUGCUUGAGUCAGAGUACUGGAGGGUUCUGUCAUUCACUAUUUCUACAGUGCGUUUGAAUUUGUUGAACUAUGAAUGCCUGUGAUUCAUGCACUGCGAGGGGGUCUGAGUAGUAUGGCAUUCAUGAGCCAUUUAAAAAGAGGUCUGACUGUCACUUGGAUUGAUUUGAUAUAAGUUGGCUUCUUUCACUCUAGAGAUGAGCUUUUGACAUAAUGGCAUGGAAAGAUACAGAGCUGUUUUGAAUUGCUGUUGUGGUUAGAAAAAAUGCUAUGUAAAAGUGGCCCCUGGUUUUUUCCAUGACCAUCUAUAGUCAGAUUUACUUAUUUCGCUGCAUGAACCCCAUUUUACUUCCUUACAUAAUCACGGAGAAUGCUGGACUCUAUUUUCUCUGGUGCCUUAGUAACAAAAGUGGCCUCCUAAAUUCUGAUUGUCAAAUCUUUAACUAGUGAUGGUGUAAACCAGAAAAAUCCCAGUUUGACUUUCAGAUUGAAUUAGCAGGGUAGCAGCUAUGGAAAGGGGGCAGGUUCAUGGAAAGAAUCUUCCUUUCAGGGUCUGAUAUGCAUGUGGACUUCAUUUAGCAAACCAGGUAUCUGUUUGAUUUGGCAGAGGGUAAAAACCUGCUAACCUUUAUGAAUAUAUAGCACAGAAAGCUGCAUUCAGAUUACAGUGGUACACUAUGGUUACCAACAUCAUCAUUCCUGUAAAAUGUAGGCCUUUUAGUACAGUUAGAUAAAAUAAUAAGGGGAAAAUUUGCCUUAAUUUGAAUAUUAAAUUCCUCCCCUUUCCCUUCUUUGCCUUCUCACUAUUAGCUUUAUGGUUUUAAAGUCCCCUUAAGUUCAGGUACAAAGUACUAUGUACCUUUUAAACAGUUGACAAAAUUAGAGGGGGGAAACUUUGCAAUCCAAAGGUUUUGUGUUGCAGAGUUUCAAGUGGAUAUUGUUCACAUAAAAGCUUGUUCCCCAUCAGGUUUGAAAUGUACUUUGUGUGUCUUAAUCAUGCCAUUUGUGGGUGACACUACUGAAAGGGAAUAGAUAGCACUUGGGCGUAGCUUAUUGUAAUCAGCAUUGCUCCAGAGGUGCCUGUGGGUUGUUUUGUUUUAUUACUUAUUUUCUAAAACUUUAUUAUUGUAGCUUUGAUAUGUAGCACAAAUGUAUGCAGUCGAUCAUGCCUUAGCUUAGAUUACAUAUCUGUACUGGAAUAGCCUCUCAUUUAUCUGUAGUCUUGGCUAGAUUACCAGGAUUUCAUACAUUUUUGUUACAAGCACAGAGUCAGUAGCAGGAACUUUGACUCUUUUUAAUUAGUGUAGCCAUACACAAGGGCACGGCUGCUGGCAGACGUUACAGAUGGCCUUGUGAUUUUUAAUGACUGUGGUGAAUUUUUUUAUUAAUAUUUUGGUCAGAAUUGCAGUGUGUAUUUUGUGUUUAGCUUGUCUUAGAGUAAAAUCCAGUGGUAUACAUUGAUUUAAUCAACAGCUACAACGUAGGCGUGUGGGAGGAAUUGGAAGCAUAUCCAACUUUCCUCAAGGUUCUUGCCACAAACAUUUAUCCAAGGAAUGAUGAUGGAUGGGUGACCUUAAAGAAAUAAUUUCUAUUCAGCCAGUUUCCUCUCCUCUUAGAGUCAAGUAUACUUGGAACUGUACAGAGACACUCUCUAGGGUAACAGAUUUACAUAGUUGAGUCUGAAGCAGCUAGUGUAUACGUCCGUAUCUCAUUCCAGUUAGUAACUGGAAGAAGCACUAGGAGGUAGAGCAUAGCUCUGUGGAUGACUUCAACAACACAGAAAAUAUCUCAGUGUGAGUUCUCCUGGUACUCUGAGGCCCUGGGUAGGUAGAAGGAAUGGAAUAUCAAAAUAAACUGGUCUAAGCUAGAAUGAGAAAUUAUUAGUCACCAUGUAGUAGUUGACUGAGCUGUAUGGUUAAGAAAUUCAGUAUAUUCUUAUACAUUUUAAUAUUUAUCGAGUUUCUUAGAAAAUUCAAAUGAAUCAAAUAUUUAAUUUUUAACAGAGCGCUUCAGGGUUGAAAUGAAAGAUCUGAGAUUUCUCAUGUGCUCCUCUCUGAUGCUGUUAUGGGAGCAGCUAGACAUCUGUCCUAGAACUGGUCAGCAAAUUAAACAAAAUAUGGGCUUCUGUUCCAUUUGCUUCAAUUUGCUUCAAUUGUUUGGAUGGCUGUUCUUUUGUCUUCUAACAGUAAGUGUUGUACACAGGUUGGCCAUUGCACUGCGCUCUUCAGGUCUUCUCAUUUAAAUAUUUUACAACAAAAUGAGGCUUUAAAAAUAAUAAAUGAGUACUCAGUAAAUGUUUUGGUUCAUCUUUCCUCCUGUACGGGACUACUGGAUGAAGUUGCACCAUUGCAUCCUCUUUCAUCUUGAGACUGGAGGAGGCCCAUCUCUUUGUUGCUGGAGGGAAUUGUUUCCCCUUCUUGUUUAUGAGCAUGUUUGCCUUAGUACUUAGAUUUUCUUAACUUGAGAUUGUACGUUAAUGAAUGGUGCAGUUGCCUAUGUGCUUUAGCUUAAGCAUUAUUCACCUGUUACUAAAGGCCUGUACCAUGUAUGCCCUCUUAUUUCAUAUGUGAAACUGUUCUAUUUUUGUCAUUUUAAUAAACUUUAAUUUUAAAAAUAA